CUGUAUCUGGUAAUGUUCUUCAACUCCUCUUUCUUCUCAUAACCUCUUUCUACCCUUACAAUGCCACCCUCAACCCAUCCUCAAUCUCGCUCCAAACCUCUCCUCAACAUGGACUCCGACCCGGCGUCAUGGCUGAACUUCUCUCUUCCGCCACGCGCAAGAUCAGGCGCGGGUGUCCCCGGCUCUGGCGUCCCUGGUCCACCACGCAGGAGCAGGAAAGGUGGCGAGGGCUGGCGAGGUGGGGUAUUGAGUAGAGAAAAGUACCUCAAUGCUUCAUUCAAGUUUGUCUUAAAACCGAGCGAGGCGUUGUCUUAUGGAGCGCAUUUCGCUGAUCCAGAUAUAUCGUUACACUGGCCCAACAUCUUGCAGAUACUUGUCCCGACGUUCAGCGCGCUGUCAGUAGCUCAAGGGUAUGUAUCCGAGCCGCAUGCUGAAGGUGGUUAUACAUCACAUGAUUUGGAGGAGAUGGGCGAGGAAGCAGCAGAGCGGCGGCGGCGGAUGGAGGAGGAGAAGCGGGGGAGGAUGUGCCCUAUUUGCUUGGGCAAACCAGUGGCAGGGAGGAUGACGAAGUGUGGACAUAUCUUCUGCUUUCCCUGUAUUCUACACUACAUCCAACUCUCUGACAUUCCGAAAUCUGCGAAAUGUCCGAUAUGUGGAGAUAUGGUCCAGUCAAAUGCGCUCAAGAGUGUAAAGUAUCUCGACGCAGAGGCAAUGUUAGAGUCUUCCACGCAUGCCACCAGUGACGCCUUCGAAGCUUCACUCGAAGAAGCCAAAAGGCUCGAUUCGGGAGAUCGUCAUGACAAACGACAUCGACUUCACAUGCGCUUGAUUCAACGUCCCCAGAUGACUACUCUUGCUUUGCCUUCCUCUUCGACCUGGCCUUCCGACGCUGUACCCCCGCACACCGCACCGUGGUAUUUCUUGCCCGAUAUUAUCACUUAUAGCCGGUACAUGCUGGCUACACCUGAGUAUAUGGGCAAGGAACUAGAACGGGAGAUGAAAGAGUUGGGGGGAGAGUGGGAACUGCUAAGAGGGGAUGAGCUGGGAAGGGUGUUUGUCAAGGCUGCGAUGGACAAGGUUGAGCGGCAGAUGAUCAAGGUGAAAGAAGAGCUUGAGACGGAGUUGGUUAGAAGGUCUGAGAGAAAAGGAAGAGAGGCGUGGAGUUCGGCGAUCGGCGGGGAUAAGAAAGAGAAAGAGCAACAGAAGGAGAGGGAAAGGAAAGAGCAAGAACGGAUGAAGCGAGAGAAACAGCAAGACAUUGGAGCGGUCCCUGUGGAAUUCCUUGCGAACCAACAAACUACAUUUGAUAACUCUGCCAAUAUAAAUAUCCCUCCAAAUCUCCCUGUCGAACCGAACCCGAUGCCACCCAUGCCUCGAGAUAAAAAAUCUCGUCGCCGACUUAACCCUGUUCCACCUCCUCAGUCUGUCCCUCCUGCUCCGUCAUACUACUUUUAUCAAUCCUCCCUUGGCGCAAAUGUAUUCUUACAUCCACUCGACAUCCGCAUGUUGCUCGCCCACUAUGGAUCAUACAAUCUCUUUCCUUCCAGCAUGACCUUUGAAACAACGGGCUAUGAUCCUGGGACGAUUAACGACGAUCUCCGUAAACGGUGCAAAUACCUCUCUCAUCUUCCUCUCGGCUCCGAAAUUGUCUUUGUUGAAACCAAUCUGGCCGAACUUGUCUCCUCUACCAUCCUGGCCCAAUUCGAGCAACCUCUCAAAGCGCGUAGACAAAAACGCAGAGACAAGGUGCGAAAGGAAGAUCGGGCAAAACAAAAAUGGGAAAAGGCCGAACGGUCAAAAACGGCAGAGGAGCUACAGAGUGUCAGGAGCGUACCGAGCGCGUUUGUGCGCGGUGGGGUGGAAGAGGAUAGGGAGUUGGAAUUGGCGUUGGCAAGGUCGGCGGUGGAGUUUGAGCAAAAUUUCCCGGUGGCGUACCCCCAACCUGGGAUAGCGUCUUCCCCACCUCGAUCGGGGUCUUGGGGUCAGACUCCAAUCCAAACCCAGAGCGAGAGCCAGCAAGACCAACAGAGGAGUUUUGCAACAGCCCUUCAUCAGAGGUACGACCCUUCUCUCUCGAGGUCGAGGAGGGAAGUCGAUCCCGAGGUGGAUGCGUUGUGGCAGCAGUUUGAGUCGACGGAUGUGCAUUUGGAGCCGAGUAUGGGUGCGAAUGCCGGCGCGGGUACCGGAGCAGGUGUGAGAGAGAGUGAGAGAGGGAAUGGGAGGAAGAAGAAGGAAAAAGGAAAAAAGCUGAUCUUGGGUGGGGGUGGACGUCGGGCGUGAAAGAUGGGUCAGAAGUCAUAAAGUAUAGUCAUUAGAUAAACUAUCAUAUCAUCAGUCUGUUGUUAAGCAUUUUUGAGCAGCAUCUUAUCUUCUCUGUCGCAAGAGGUCUCCGCAGCUGCAGCUGAAUUACCACCUCGGUAUGGUCUUAUAUAAUUACGUAAUGUAGAU